AUACCAACGAGGUGUUUGACAACUCAUUAAAAAACAUCUGUUUUAAUAAAUAAAACGCAUUAACAAUUAUCAAAAAUCCAAGAAAUGGAGACUUCGGACAGUGAAUGUUUCGAAAGUGCGGAUGAAGAUUUUGUGUCCGAUGACGAGGCGACCCAAACAGUUAUUUCUGAUGUAAAAAAAGAAGAGACUGAGAAACAAGAGAAAAAUGUUAAAAGUGUUACAAAAGUAGACAACGUGAACGUGGACAAAAACAAAAAUAGUUCCCAAAAGCAAUUAAGCCAAGAAACUAUAGAGAAUAAGAAUUUUACAGGCAAACAGGAGGAUGUUAAGGUAGAAAGUAAAUCUGAUGAAAUUGAGGACAUCAAAUCAGAUGAAGAAAAAAUUUCAGAAGAUAAUUUAAAAAAUAAAAACUUCAUAAAAGAAGAUAAGAAAUCAGAAACAAUUGAAAAACAUGCCAACAAGGACAAUAAAACAAUUAGUGAGCCUAAGCCAAAACCAUCUAAAAUUAAAUUAGGUUCUAAAAUUACCAAUGACAAGACAAGCAAAAAUGCUCCAAAAGAAGUACCAAAAGAAAUUCCUGUGUGCUCCAAAGAAGAAAUUCCAAAUCCUUCACCCAGUACAGAAAAUAAAUCAAUCACUACAGCUACAAGUAAGCAAAUUCCUGUAGUUAAUGAAGAAAAUUUAUGGAAUGAUGAAGAAAUAGAUUGGGGCAAAGAAGAGGAACUAGAAAUACAACAAAAGAAACUUGAACCUUCAAAAUCCAAUGAUGAACCUAACAUGUGGGAAGAUGAUGAUUGGGAACCAGUUGAAAACAUCAAACCACAACCCAAAUCUGAAUCAAAACCAGUUCAAUCUGAUUCAGGUUGGGGUGGUUGGGGCAACUGGGGGGUCAGUUCCAUACUUAACACAGCCACCCAAAGUGUUUCUACUUUAACUAACCAUGUGACACAGGGAUUAAAUACUGUUUUGGAGUCUGGCAUUGGAGUGCCAGAUCCUGAAGAGCUGGCAAGGCAGCACAAACAGGAUGAGGAGGAACUGAUCAAGAAUAUCAAAGAAAUGGAUGUAAAGGAUGAGUGUACUGAUCAUGGUGGUUCUUUGGGUGGUUUUGGGUUUGGCAAUUUGGUAUCUGGGGUCUCUCAUCUUACUAAACUAGUUGAAACAACAGGUACUAAAGUAAUAUCCGGCGGCCUCGAUACGUUGGAAACUAUCGGCAAAAAAACAAUGGAAGUGCUGCAGGAAGGUGAUCCAGGGUUGAAGAAGAAGCGUGCCUUUUUGAAGUUGGACCCAAAAAAGCCCAUUUUAUCACAAGUACUCAGAGAAGCUAAGGAAAAGGCUGAUGAAGAAAACAAACAGUUGGAACAAAAGCAUUUCCAGAAGAAGGCGAAGAACUACGAAACGUUAUUUGAUGACCAUCAAGGUUUGGUACACCUAGAAGCUUUAGAAAUGCUGUCUAAACAGUGCGACAUCAAACUGGAGACGCUGAACGAAAAAUGUAGUGGGGACGCUGCAACGGAAAUGCAAGAAACCCUAGACCAGGUCAAGGAACUGUGCGAAUUACCUGAAGAAGAUGAAGAUGAACAAUUGUCCUUCGCAGAAAUCCAGGAAAAAAUUGAAACUGCCGUCUCAGAAAUAGGCAUUCCCAUAUCAUAUAAUAAGCUGAUGUCCACGUUUACUGAUACCGAAAAUUGGUUGGAAAAUUUGAAGAUAGAAGUGGUUGAUGAGCAUGAACUGCAUCAGCAAGCUAUCGAGACUCUAGCUCAAAUGACGGCGAUUUCCGUGGAGCAGUUCCACAAAGCUGGCGAGUUGCUUUUGGUGAAGGAGCAUAGGAGUACUGCUGACGAAGCUGAUAGUCUUGUGCAAUUGACAUCAUCGCAAAUUCUUCUAAUUGGAAUAGUGGCAGCUAAGUUUUCGGAGAAACUUAACGGAAAAGCGGAAUCUGUAAAUAAUAAGGAAUCAGUCAAUGAGCUUAUCACUAAUAUUUUCUUUGAAGCAUCAAAUAGUAGUUCGUAUAUCCAAGACGCUUUCCAACUUUUAAUCCCAGUUCUUCAAGUAGGAGCAGUCUAGGUGUUGUUCAGCUAAUUUAAUUAAUUUAAUGUAAAAAGAGUGGAUUUUAUAUUGUGAUUAUAUUUUAUAUUUUGUUAAUCAUUAGAAUAUAGUUUAUAAGUCAACAAUGUUUUAAUAAAAUAAAUCCCCAGAUUCA